GGGCUGGGCUAGGCCGGUCGUCUGUGGCGUCCCGCUGUUGUGUCUUCGCCUCGCUGCCGGGGCCGGCUGCUGUUGGGGUCCGAAGCGGCUGGGACAGAAUUUCAUAGCUAGAAGGAAAAUGAUGGAAGAGAGUGGCAUAGAGACAACUCCACCUGGCACACCCCCACCAAGCAUAGCAGGGACUACUGCUACACCUGUCUCAUUAGCUUUGUCAAGUCCUCUUGCUACACCAAGCUUGUCAAUUUCUCCCACAUACUCACCUGCCUUGCCAACUGGAGUGUCUUCACUUCCGUCUCCUGUCAUGACUUCAGCAUCUCUCCCAGUUGUGCCUUCUGCAACGGUUUCUACUAUUGCAACAUCGCUGGCUCCUGCUCCACCUCCUGUUGCCUCUUCAGCUUUUGGUACCUCCGUGCCUCAGUUCUCAACGCCUCCUCCAGUAAUCUCUACUGUUGGCCCUGGUCUUCCUGCACCUCCCACUGGUCCCCCCACUUCGGGAUUUUCUAUGUCGUUAACUUAUGACAUUACAAGAGGUCAUGCUGGUAGAGCACCACAAAGCCCACUGAUGCCAUCAUAUUCUGCGCCUCCAGUCACAGGUGUUUUGGCAGAUCCUAUUACUCAACAAGCAUCUAUCUCAUCACCUGGAACUGGUUCUGCAAUCACUUUUCCUGAGGAGCAUGAAGAUCCCAGAGUAUCUACUGCCCAAGGUGGAGCACCUGCUGGAGGACUAUGGGGAUUUAUAAAGGGUAUGGCUGAGAAUCCUAUGGUGAAAUCUGUUCUUGAUAAAACCAAACAUUCAGUGGAGACUAUGAUCACAACACUGGAUCCUGGCAUGGUUCCAUACAUCAAAUCUGGGGGAGAACUGGACAUAGUAGUUACUUCUACAAAAGAGGUGAAAGUUGCAGCAAUUCGAGAUGCCUUUCAAGAAGUCUUUGGAAUGGCUGUUGUUACUGGAGAGGCUGCACAGUCCAAUAUCGCACCUCAACCUGUGGGAUAUGCUGCAGGGUUAAAAGGAGCCCAAGAAAGGAUAGACAGCUUACGUCGCACAGGAGUAAUACAUGAAAAACAACCUGCUGUAUCAGUAGAGAGCUUCAUUGAAGAGUUGCUUCCUGACAAAUGGUUUGACAUUGGAUGUCUGAUAAUCGAUGAUCCAAUUCAUGGAAUUCAUCUGGAAGCUUUUACCCAAGCGACACCAGUGCCUUUGCAAUAUGUUCAGCAGGCUAAGAGUCUCACACCUCAGGACUACAAUCUGAGAUGGUCAGGCCUGCUGGUGACUGUGGGUGAAGUGCUUGAGAAUAAUAUACCGAACGUCAACAGGACUGAUUGGCACAUGGUAUUCACUGGCAUGUCCCGUCGACAGAUGAUCUACAGUGCAGCUAAGGCUCUGGCAGGAAUGUACAAACAACUCUUACCACCUAGGACCGUUUGAAAGAAGGCUGAUCCACAGCACUAAGGAAUACUGGUUUUGAAUCUAGAAUGGAAGUAAAAAAGCUACAUAUUCCAAUUCUAAGUGGAAACAAUACAAAUUUGUAAUCUAACUGUAAACUAUACUUUAAUUUUUAAGAAGUGAAGUUAAUUUCCAGUAGUGGAAAUGAGAAGUUGUGUUUUUUAACUACUACAUGAUUUCCAGUUUAAUUCACAAAACAGGGAAAUCAGAACAAACACUCAUUUGUAACUGAGAUAAAUGACAUUACAGUUUGCGAAGCAGAAUGUGCUAGUGUUUCACACCAUGCUAGGCAUUUGCUGAUAGUUUGCCUCAGUUUUCAAAGAAGGGGAUACAUUGUUUAGCUAUUUCUAUUAUAUUAGUAACAUAAACAUGUUGACAAAAUAAGAUACAUGCAUUUCUCUCCAAGAUACUUUUAUCUUCUAUAUUGUGUUCUCUUGGGGCCUGCACUUAAGUCAUACUGAAGAGCUUGCUCAUUUGGUUCCUGUUAUCAGGAGCCAUGCUGAAGUUUCUACAAGACUUAACAGUGAGCUGCUGAAGAAGAUCGCUUAUCCAUGCCACAGUAGUUGAAAUUGUUGCUAAAUAAUUCUGAAAUCUUAUUUUUUUAUGCUGCAUCUUUCUAUGAACUAAUAAAAUUCCUGUCCAAUUAAAACAGUAGACAAAUUUCAAGUUGCUUCAGUGGGUUUUAUCAGGUACCAUAUGUGCAUGAAAUUAUUGCAACGGUUACUUUGAUGCUUCCAAUCUUCAUGCUUUAUAUUGAAUUAUGUAAUUUCUUCAAACAUGCUCUUCUUGUCAGAGGUUUGAUAUGAAAAAUGGUGAGAUGUGUAUCACUUGUUUUGCUGUUUUGGCUUUUCUAACCUUUUUUUAAAUUUUAAAUACCUUUUGAUGUCAUGAGCUCACUGUUUCUCCUACCUUCUGCAUUGUCUGAUUCUUUUCAUGACUAUGAAUUCUCUCUAUCCAUCUUCACACUAUCUUAAGCUCUCUUUAGAAAUAUGGAAGUAAUUGUGAAGAAAAUAUUUUGGUAAUAAUACUUGUUGGUUUUGUUUUUUUUUUAGUGAGGAAUAAACAAAUAUUUUUAUUUGCCUUAAAGAAGCAAAUUUUCAGCUUGUAUUGUUCUGCCUUUACCUUUCUUAGAUGCUUUUAAAGGACCUUUUCAUAUACAAUAUACUACUAUACCAGCUCAUAUUUGUACCCAAUGAAAGCCUGUCUGUUUCCAAGUAAUAUAUUUUGCCUUAAAUUGGCUUAUUCUGCAGUAGUUGAAUAAAUGGUUUCAGUAGAA